AUGAACACAUCUUCCAAAGUCAACAAACUGAAAAAAGUGGUAAACACCACUGGAAGAGUUAGUGCCAAAAAGGCAGCUAGUUAUUUACACUCGAUGCAAAAUUCAUCCACAACAAAAAUAAAUCCUGCCAAACAAGUUACUGCUCCAAAUUGGAACCCAAAACAUUUUCGAUUGUUUGUUGGAAACUUAGGUCCUGAUGGAAACGACGAAUUACUAAAAGAGGCAUUUCUGAAAUAUCCUUCUAUGAGUCAAGUUCAUGUUCCUAUAGAUAGGAAAACCAGUAAGAAUAAGGGAUUCGGAUUUGUUGCCUUUGGCAAAUCUGAAGAUUAUUUACAUGCAUUUCAAGAAAUGAAUGGGAAGUAUAUUGGCCAGCAUCCAGUCCAGUUGAAGCGUGCUGAAUCUAGUGUACCCAAAAAGACUAAGAAUAAAAGGAAAUAG